AUGCUGUCCGCAAGUCUUGCCCGAGGAAUCCGCCAGGCGUCGAAACCGACCGCUUUGCAAAGUAGAUCGGCGACAACUGCCUCGAGUUCGCAGAAAUUCAAGGUGCUGGUCGUCGGGGGAGGUAGUGCCGGAUUGUCUGUUGCACAACAGAUAUAUAACAGAUUUCAAGCUGCUGGAAAAUCUUUAGCUGCUGGUGAUAUCGGCAUUGUGGACGCAGCUGAGAACCAUUAUUACCAACCAGGGUGGACCCUUGUCGGCUCCGGAUUGCUCCCAAAGACUGAUUUCAGUCGUCCAUUGGCUUCCUUGAUCCCGGCUCACAUCGCUCACAUUCCCGAAAACGUCAAAUCAUUCUCCCCGAAUUCGUCAACAGUCACAACAACCAGCGGAAGAGAUAUUUCUUAUGACACCCUUGUCGUCGCCGCCGGACUCCAAACAAACUUCGAUGGGAUUGCGGGUCUGCCAGCUGCUUUGGAAGAUCCAAACUCUGGGGUUUCCACAAUCUAUUCCUACAAAACCUGCGACAAGGUUUGGACCGACAUCGAAAACUUAAAAUCAGGGAAGGCUGUUUUCACCCAACCCGCUGGAAUCAUCAAGUGCGCUGGAGCACCUCAAAAGAUAAUGUGGAUGGCUUGGGAUCGGUUCCGAAGAACGGGACGCCAGGACAUUAGCGUCAAUUUUUACACCGGGAUGCCUACCAUGUUUAGCGUGAAAAAGUACUCUGAUGCUCUCGAUGCACUCAGGCAGGAGCGUGGCGUCGGUGGAUACUUUGGACAUAACCUAGUUUCUAUCGACUCAGGAAACCGCAAGGCCACUUUCAAAAAAGCAGACGAUGGUUCAGAAGUCACCGUUGAUUAUUCGCUACUUCAUGUAACGCCACCAAUGGGUCCUCUUAACGUGUUCAAAGGUUCACCUAUUGCUGACGCCGCAGGAUGGGUGCCAGUCAAUAAGGCGACUCUGCAACACGACAAGCCCGAGUUCAGCAAUGUCUUUGCCAUUGGUGAUUGCUCAAAUCUACCCACGUCAAAGACAGCGGCGGCUAUCACUGCUCAAGCACCAGUUUUGACUGAGAAUUUGUUUUCUUUCGUCGACACCGGGAAAGUCGCGAUCGCUGAGUACGAUGGUUAUACCAGCUGCCCUCUCCUGACUGGAUACGGUGAACUCAUGCUCGCUGAAUUCAAGUAUGGAUUAGAGACUAAAGAGUCGUUCAGCGACUUCUUCGAUCAGAAGAAGAGCAAUAGAUUUUUCUACCAUUUAAAAAAGGAUGUCUUCCCAUAUGCGUACUGGAAUUAUAUGGUCAAGGGUACAUGGUUCGGAUCGAAGGGGUUGAGCAAACCAGAAUUUUAG